UGUAAACAGCUGACUUCAUGUUCUACGAUGACUUCGCCAUCGACAAGACAAUUCCCUGAAAUAUCAUCCAACAUUCUAUCCUGCUCUCUCCCCAUUACUUUCCUCGCUCCUUCCAAAUGAAACAAUCCUUUGAGAAUAUCAGAGAAUAUCAUCAAACGAUCAAUUAAUAUCUGGAAUAAAUUGCAUCGAUAUUUCUGACGUUUAUUCAUUCAUACUGGAGAAAAUAAUCCUGGAAAAUGACAAGUUCUGACUGACAAUAGUGGGGAGGAAUUCCAUCAUUAUUGUUUUCCGGUGAGAGAUUUUGUUCUGAGGGAGAGGUCGACAAAAAUACAUUCUUUGGUAAAAGCCUACAUAGUAGAAAAUUUCUCUCAAGUCUCAACUUUGUUUUCCUGAGACACGACCACACCUGACAAAUGCUGCCAUCUGUGCCAGAUAAGAAAAUAAAUCGUUGGCAUGGUAACCAUUGUGAUUACCAGGAAGUUGAAAGAGAAUUUACAACAAAAUUGGAAUCGCCUCUGGGUCAAUUGGAUAUAAUAAUGUCUUCAAAAGCAGCGUCCGCCCUUCUGCGCCUGAAAGAAAUUGAUAAGAAGUACAAAUCCCGAUUGGACGAGCAUAAAAUUGUUGGUGAGAGUUCAAGUGAUGGUUCAGAUAAAGAAUCACAGGAAAUAUUGCGUCCUAGAUUGAAUAUACAAAUGCCAGAGACUCACGCUGAAUACGUGAGUAAUUAUCCAUCGGAUAAUGAGCGAAAAUUGCUGUCACCCAUUCGAAUAGUUAACAGUGUACUAGAAUUAUCUAACGAAUCAGAAUCAAGAAAAUCAAACAAAAGUAAUGAUGAAUCCUUGUCCUUGAGAGAAAACCUCAAUGAAAAUUCUGAAGAAAUUCUCGAGCAAUCGAUUAGUGAAAUUUUUCAAGCCUCGAAUGAAUCUUCUGAGACAUCCAGAGAAAUAAAGUCAUCAGUUGGAAUGAAAAACAAUGAGAAGGUACUAAAUUUCAGUGAAUUCUUGAAUAAUUAUUCUAAUAGUAUUGACGUACGAAAUGAUAAUUAUUUAAAUAAAAGCGGAAGCUUCUCGUCGAGGGGCGGAAUAUCAACCGAAGAAUCCCCCGUUGAAGAAAUUGAAAAUUAUUCGCAAGAAGCUUUCGAAAGUAAUUCUUCGUCAACUGAAGAAAAUGAAUCGGCAGAUGAAACUUUGGCAUCAGAAAUAUCCGAGUAUCAGACCGCGGAUGUAGAAAUGUAUGAAGAGACUAUGGCAGAGACUUCAGUAAUUAUUCCAGAGAAAAUUGAGGGGAAAUCAGCGUAUUGUCGAGAGGACGAGAAGGCAGCGAAAGAAAUUAUUAAAAUGAUAAGCCAUUUAAGUGGCCAGUCAUCGAAUGCCAAUGGAAAAAUAGAAAAUGCAGAAUUUGAAUCCCAACGAGGGACUCCUUCGGAUUCCAAGAUCAAUCAGAAGCAAUUGGUGAAGGGCAGUGGUCAUGAAGGAUUCGACAUUGAACGCAAGGAUGUGAAAAUCAGCGGUGCAGACCAGUCGGGCAUGAGUAAUGCUUCGGAGCUAUCAAUCAAUCUUGGAAAAUCAAUUAGCUCGGGUGACACGGCAAAAACAUCAGAGAGGCAGGAGAAAGAAGAGAUAAAUGAGGCAGAAAAAUUGAAGAAAACUGAAGAUCAGCGAGAAAAUUCACAGCCUGAGAUUAAAAGAGACCGAGAAAUUUCUUCUUCGAUCAAGAAAUAUGUCAGACGAUUUGACCAAGAGACUAGGCAUCUUCAGAUUUUUCCCAAUCAUCUGACUUUCCCAGAGAACUCCUGCCUACGAAUUGUUAGACCUCUGGGGUUUCCUAAAAUGCCAGAGUUUAUUUUAUCAGGUGGACGUCAAGACCCUGAUCCUGACACUGCGUACCUAAGGUCGAGGCUGAUCGACAUUCGUCAAUGGUUGGAAGAUCAAUAUUCCUUCUACAAAGAACACUGCGACCUUGCUGCAUCCAUAAAUAGGAAUUAUCAAGCCGAUGGGUCAUUCACUAGAAAAAUAAUAGGUGUAAGUGAAAGGUGUACUGUGAACAAUAUAUCCAGAACUCCUCAAGUGAAAACGAACGAUACAAUAAGGAACCCCAAAUGCAAUUCAAAUGAAUCGAGAUAAUUAAAAAG